AUGACUAAGGCUAUUUUAGGCCUCUCGUGGACCGACAUACCUACACACCUGCUCCGUGCUGAGCUUCUCCGCAGACAAGACGACGGGCGGCCAACGUGCGGAACCAAGGGCGGGAGGGGCUCCUACAACACGCCCAUCCAUGUCUUUGCAUUGAUUCUCAUCCUCGCUGUGAGCACCGCUGCUUGUUCUUUCCCCAUCGUCGCAAAGCGCUUCCCAAAACUCCCCGUCCCACACCAGUUUCUCUUCAUCUCGAGACACUUUGGCACCGGCGUGCUCAUUGCGACGGCCUUCGUCCAUCUGCUCCCGACCGCCUUCGAGUCGCUCACCGACCCAUGUCUCCCUCGCUUCUGGAACGAGGGCUACUCGCCCAUGCCCGGCCUGAUCGCAAUGAUAUCCGUCUUCGUCGUAGUCGGCAUUGAGAUGUUCUUCGCAUCCAAGGGAGCAGGGCAUGUUCACGCCGUGGAUUAUGAGGCCUUCAGCAUGGACGAGCACGGCAGCCACACACAUCUGCGGCCGGGACACAAGAGGAGCAAUAGCUUCGGAAGAUUCAGGGUGAACGGACAUGUACCGGAUAUCGUACUGCAAGAUAUGGCCGAGUCCUCGGAGAAUCUCAUUGCGGGCCGGUCGCCUUCAAUCGCCGAUGAGGUCCGCCUAUUAUCACGUCCCGCCGCACGCAAAGAUCCGCAUCGUGUCUCAUCACCAUAUGCUGAUCAGACGCCAGAGAUGACGGAAGCGCAGCGCAAGAAGCAGCUACUGCAGUGCCUUUUGCUCGAAGCUGGUAUUCUCUUUCACAGCGUCUUCAUUGGCAUGGCCUUGUCCGUGGCUACUGGAACUUCUUUUAUCGUGCUUUUAGUGGCCAUAUCCUUCCACCAAACGUUUGAAGGCUUUGCGCUCGGGUCGCGCAUUGCCGCGAUCCAGUUUCCACGCAGCUCGCCCCGACCGUGGCUCAUGGCAUUGGCGUAUGGCACGACGACUCCUAUUGGCCAGGCGAUCGGUCUGGGAAUACAUAAUUUGUACGAUCCUGCAAGCCAAACCGGCUUGUUGAUGGUCGGAUUCAUGAACGCCAUCUCUAGCGGCGUCGUCGCAGGCGCAGCGUUGAUGGCGUUAGUGGGAGCUUGGGCAUAG